CUUAACGGGAGAACCGCGGCCCGGUUCGUCCGAGAGGCGAGUCUAUAUUUGUCUAAUCCCCAGUUCAAGUUAGCUUCCGCUUUAGCCUGCUAACAGCCAGUGGAAACUUGACGGCUCGAGCUGUGAUCCAGCUCACUCACCCGGUGGCUGGACGGAGACACGGCCACUCCUCAGCGAUCACGGGAACGCUGUCAAGUGUGAAAAAGAUUGGACCGAACCCGCCCGACUGACAACACGGACUGCAGCCGUGAGAGCCAAUCACGGCUUCGACGUCGCUCAUGCGCACUGGGGAGCGAUUAAACGGCUGCGUUCAAUGACCACCGGAAACUGAACUGCAAAACAGUGUUAGCCUAUUUUAAACUUCAAUGGUUUUAAUCAACUUCACAUCUAAGAAUGAAGGCUGAAUUUACUGCCAUGACUUUAUUUUUUUUUACUUGAAAACAUUGGGGCGUAAUCAAUGUAGUGUAGGUGGACGGUCAGGCGGGGGCGCCCGCGGGAGUAGAGCUUUCCAGAAAUGCGACGAAGAAGAAACGAAUCAUCUGGCGGGUCCUCAGACGAAGAUGAAGCAGUCUGACGUCCAUCCGUUCACUGUGACUCCUGCAGCAGCUCUAAUAUCCAGAUGUGUGUCCAGCGGACUUUUGUCUCAGGAGGAGGUGGACUCUCACGAUCAGGGUCCCGCCUUCUCCUCUCGGCUGUACCAGGUGGAGCAGAACAUCAGAAUGCAGAAGGAGCUGGAUGAGCUGCGUCUGGAGCUGGAGCUUCUUCAGUUGGAGAAGAGCUGUGCCGACGUCACUCACCCGUUCUACCUGAGCCGGAGGUUCCAGAGGUUGCAGCAGUUCUGCACUCACCUGCAGGAAGUCCUUAAGGAGCAGCAGCAGCUGAGGCAGAGACUGAUGAGACCUCUGGCCAGCACCAACCUGCCAGUCCAGGCCGACCUGCACAGGUUCGUGGUGGACAGCGUAAAGAUGAUGUUGAAUUUCAUCGAGUCUCUUGAGGAGAAGCUGGACAUUGUCAGAACACGACCUGCGGCCAAUGAAAACUUGACCCGGCUGUCCUCCAGCCUGGCCCAGGUCCUGGACCAGGUCUAUCAGCUGCAGAGUCUCAACUCUCAGAUUCUCCAGUGGAAGGAAGUGGGCAGUGGCCUCCUGAGUGACAGCUCAACCUGAAGAAAUGCUGCUUUCAUUUCAAAGUUUGGCUGGUUUUAGUCAGCGAAAUUAAAACCCUACUAAACCGUGUAGCAGCGCCACCUGGCCAUCAGUGGCCGCUACUGUUGCCCUCCAAAAGCGCUGACAGCUGACAUUCUUGGAGCUCAGUUGAGAAACAAAAUACAUCUUAAAAAUACAAAAUUAUGUCAAAAUGUCAUUGUUUAAAAUCCAAUGAAAAGUUGAAUGCAAUUAAUGUAUUUAGUAUCUGACAGUGCGUCAAAGGAAUAACUUUUUUAUGUCCAUAAAUUAGUGUUUUACGUCGCAUUAUUGUUCCUUAAUGAAGAGACACACUGUAUACUUAAGAAGGAGACUGUUUAAUUACUUUCAGUGUUUUGUUUUGUUUUUCCCGCUCAAUUGUAUGUUGUCGUUUGUAUGUUUCAUAUCACACCCUUGACAAAUGUGGCUUUUCUGAACUGUUGUGAUAAUGUUUGUAGUCAACCUAAUGAAUUUAUUUUCAACGAUUUAAAAGCUAUUAAAGAAAAUCGAUGCUGUGUUGUGA